AAAGAAAGAAAGAAAGAAAGAAAGAAACAACACAACGCAGCCAUGGGGUCUAGUGCCAAGCGCAAGAAGGAGAAGCAGAAGGACUUCCAGAAACCGAAGCUCAAGGUUGGCAAGACCAAGGCCAAACCAGAGAACUUCACGGAUACAAGUUUCCGAUCAAAAGCCAUCGUCCUCAACCAACAAUCCCUCACUCUCUCCGCUCCGUCAUCCGACAGCCAGUUCGCCCACCACCUUUCUCUCCUCUCGUCAAAGUCCGACAGCCAGCGCCGUGACUCGCUCGCUCAUCUAACUACAUCGAUCUCCUCCCGCCCUGUGAACUCGGCCCUUCCGCAACCCGUGAGCGUGAUGCUCCCAUCCCUCCUGCCACUGCUCCUCGACGCCAACAACAACGUACGCACCCAGCUACUCAAGCUCCUCCGAACCCUUCCCCGCAGCGACGUCGAAGACCACGUUGUGCAGCUGCUCCCCUAUGUACGAGCGGGGAUGACCCAUCUCGCUGCUGAUAUCCGCGUCUCGGCUGUGGAAGUCCUGUCGUGGUUGGUCGAGGCAGCGGGAGAGCAGGUGGUCUCGUGCGCAGGCGGAUGGAUCAAAACAUUGAAUUGCUUUCUGUCAGUAUUGGGAUGGCAUACCGAGGAGUCAGCGCGGUGGUCAUCGAGUCGGGCCUCGUUUGGCAAGUCGGGGAGCCAGGGACGACCUAUGGUGAAGGUACUCGGAGUGCUCGCAGAAUUCCUCGACGCGGGGAUUGGAGCUCCAGAGGCCUCCAGGGGGGAUGCCGGGUCUGCGCAAGAAGAUCCAUCAGUGGCUUCCGCAUGGCCCUUCCCGCUGUCUCACACGGGUCAUCACAUGGUGUCCGAGUCCUCGGCGCCGUACGCCUAUCUGAACUUAUUUGGAAAGCCUCGUGACGAAGAAGGAGAGAUGUAUGAGACCCGCGAGGAUCGCUACCGAGUAUUUACAGCCCGCUUUAUGCCCGCGGUGGAUCGUGGCUUAAAGAGUGCGCGAGAAGAAGGGGGCGAAUUAGGACGUGCGUCAUCCGGUGUUACUAAGGUUUUGAAAGGAGCUACUGCCUACGGAUCGGGGGCAUGA